AUGUCAGAUUUUCUUUAAAACCAAAGAGUGAUAUAUGCAGACGACAGCAGAGUAAGACACCAGGGCAUAUUAACUAUUAAACAAGAAGAUCACUCACUAGGGAACCUAGUCAGACAUCAACUUCUUGAAAAUCCCAGAGUAAAGUUCUCCGGCUACAGGAAACCCCAUCCACUUGAGGAGCAUGUUGAGAUCAAGGUAUUUUUGUCAAUUUUCCUUAUCCCAUUUCAGGUCCAGACAAACGGAGAAGUUGCUCCACCUACUGCAAUCAUCCAAGCUGCAGACUAGCUAUACAAAAUGCUUCAAAAACUCAAUGAGAGUCUGUUGCAGCAAGCUUAGCUCUUCAGAGGUGAUGUCACAAUGCUCUGA